GUCUCACUUCUCCUCUUCCUUAUAUUCCAAUCUUCAUCUUUGUGUACUCUCCAAGAAAUGCACCCACCAAACCCAGCACAAAUCCAAAUCAAUCACCCUUAAAUCUUUAAUCACAAAUUUUAAUUCAAAGAUUCAAGAAACCCUAGAAAAAUCAACAACAGAACAUUAAUUUUGUUUCAUGGCGUACGUAGACCAUGCGUUUUCAAUUACAGACGACGAUUUGAUGAUCGAGACGAGUUAUAUCGUCAAUAAUCGGCCUCCUGUUAAAGAGAUCGCUCUCGCCGUCGCUCUCCUCGUUUUUGGCGUUGUCGGUAUCGUUUUAGGUGUUUUCAUGACCGUCAAUAAAAUUGGGGGAGAUCGCGCUCACGGGCUGUUCUUUGGGAUUCUUGGAAUGGUAUUGUUUAUACCGGGAUUUUACUAUACAAGAAUUGCUUAUUAUGCUUACAAAGGAUACAAAGGCUUCUCUUUCUCCAACAUACCUCCUGUGUAGUAGUAGUAUUGCUAAUUGGUGACGGUAAAGCUGAAGCUGGCUCCGGUUUGUCACUCAGCUACUUUGUGUACAUAAUUUUCUGUGAUUCUCUGUUCUGGUUCUUUUGUUUAUGUACUUUAUCUAGAUGUGUUUCUUAAAACCGCCUUGAACAAUCAGUGAUUUGCUUCUAUAUAGUGAUCUUUUGCGUA